CCACAACUCAGUUCUUACAGUGGUAUCGGUAUCUCGAAAGCCAUGCAAGCAAAUAAUCUGCUUCUAAUAUGCCGCUUGUUGCAGAGAAAUAGGAUACCGAGAUGCAUGGCUCAAAAGCUUCAUACACAGGGGGGUUUGCCCUCGAGAGCCGCUUCGGUGGUAAGUGCCGACGGCGAUUUUAAUGGCUCAAUUCAACAACGUCUUAACGCGUCUUCUGCGACGGCUUCUCAGCCAGAAUUCGUUCCCGAAGUGACAUCCAACCCUGAACAGAACAACACGCCGAUAGUUAGUAUAGAUGACAAGAAGGUGUCUGUCCUCUGGAGCCCUCAGGACUGGUCACGUUUUCAUCAUAUGUGGCUGCGUGACCAUUGUAGAUGCCCGAGCUGCUUCCACCCGGUGACGAAGCAGAGACUGGUCGACACGUUCCAGAUCCCACGAGACAUCAAACCAACUAAUCUUCAUGCAUCAACAGGGGGAUUAGAAAUAAUCUGGUCCUCACCAUCAACGGAACACCAUUCGUCAUUUUACCCCUGGUCAUGGUUACGGGAACACACAUAUGAUCCACCUCAACGCCUUAAACAUCGGGCUAAUGAGAGAGUUCUCUGGGGGACGAAGAUCGCUAGCUCGCCCCCAACCAUCACCUAUGAGGAAGCGAUUGCAAAGGGUGAUGCGGGUUUAUACAAGUGGCUGAGCAGCAUCGACCGCUUUGGCUUCUGCUUCGUUUCUGGAGUACCACCAACAGCCGAAGCUACCGAGAGACUUUGUGAACGCAUUGGCUUCAUACGCGAGACACAGUACGGGAAAUUCUGGGAGUUUACCGCUGAUCUCGCUAAAGGCGACACCGCUUACACCAACAUGGCGCUCGGCGCUCACACCGAUACUACUUACCUUACUGAUCCAUGUGGUGUCCAGCUUUUUCACCUCCUUUCGCAUACCGACGGUUCGGGUGGCACAACGUUGUUGAUCGAUGGCUUCUAUGUGGCCUCGCUCCUAAAAGAGCUCCAUCCUGACCACCAUGACAUCCUAUCUCACGUUCCGAUACCAGCCCAUGCCUCAGGAGAGCCCACAGCGCUCUACAGGCCUGGCCCACCCUUUGGCUAUCCGACGUUACAGUAUGACGUGAUCACAAAGGAACUGAUCCAAGUCGUAGAGAAGUGGUACGAUGCGAUCAGGGCAUGGAAUACACUUCUUAUUAGCCCUGACUCCGAGUACUGGGUUCAACUUGUACCCGGUACCGUCCUGUCGAUCAACAACCACCGCGUCCUCCAUGGACGUUCCAAAUUCGACGGAAAACGUCGCGUCUGCGGGGCAUAUAUUGGCAUGGACGAAUACCGUUCCAGGCUCGCGGUCCUCCGGAGGAAAUUCGAUCCCCGUUUCCAAGAUUUUGACGUCCAGGCAGCUCAAGGGCGGCCCGAAUGUGGUAACUUAUGCAUCACCUCAACCGCGUACAAACUAGCCUAGAUAUACUGGGAUGAAAUGAAAUUUAUUCGUACGUGC